UAAUAAUAGUUCACUGAAACCUCAAGGUACAUCAUUGUAGUUUACCGAACUUUCUUCUCUCUCUCUCUCUCUCUCUCUCUCUCUCUCUGCAACCCGUAAAUGUAUACGUAUGCAUAUCGUUUAGGGCAAUGGCGAGCGACUCUCCGAUCGAAACCCACCACACUCGCAUAGUUCUCCGAUCAGCAAUAGCGUCGAGACUCCUCCUCCUAACCCUAAUCAUCCUAUGGCGAUCAAUCGUCAAACCCUACGACACCUCCGCCUCCAUAAACCCUACCUGCCUCUCUUCUUCUUCAUCAACCUCAGCUUCAAUUGUCUUCCCUCGGAUUGCGUCUGCGAUCGAAAACAGUAUCGUGUGGGACAGCGUGUACUUCGUUCGUAUCGCGCAGUGCGGGUACGAGUACGAGCAGAGCUACGCGUUCUUCCCUCUCCUUCCGCUCGCCAUCUCUCUCGUAUCCCGAACAGUCUUUGCACUGUUCAUUCCACUUGUUGGGUAUAGAGCUGUCUUGGGAUUGUCUGGAUAUGUGAUAAGUAACAUUGCUUUUGUAUUGGCUGCACUUUGUUUGUACAGGCUUUCAGUUAUCAUUUUGAAGGACCGAGAGGGAGCACUGAGAGCGUCGAUUUUGUUUUGCUUCAAUCCCGCUUCCAUAUUCUACUCAUCUAUAUAUACUGAAAGCUUAUAUUCUUUAUUAUCAAUUGGAGGUGUAUAUCAGUUGGUGUCUGGCGCCAAUAAUGUUGGUACUCUGUUGCUUGCUCUAUCUGGGGCUGCAAGAUCCAAUGGUGUGAUUAACGUGGGUUAUACUUGUUAUCAGACUAUGCACACAGCUUAUGAUGCUGUCUUUCAUAGAAGAAGUUUCGUUCUGACAGUUAAGGUUCUUUCUUCUGGAGCUUUGCAUUGUUUGUGUAUUUUCAUCCCAUUUAUUGUUUUCCAAGCACAUGGAUACUACAAUAUUUGUCGGGGACAUGCUCCAGAUCAAAUAAGCCCCUGGUGCAAGGCAAAACUCCCUCUACUGUACAAUUACAUUCAAAGUCGUUAUUGGGGAGUGGGUUUUCUGAGAUACUUCCAACUAAAACAGUUGCCAAAUUUCCUACUUGCAUCUCCGAUUUUGUCUCUAGCACUUGGCUCAAUCAUCCAUUAUGUAAAGUUGCAGCCUGAAAUAUUUCUCUCACUGGGUUUCCGAGGUUCAAGUGAAGAUAAGAAUUCAGCAUCCAUGUUUUCUCCUAUGGGAGCAGAUAGAAGAGCAAAAGGCAGUUACUCUUUAAAGGAACGCACUUCUACAAUACAGCAAGAAGAUCAAAUUCUUAGACGGAGGAAACAAACAAUCAAAGGUGAUGGUCACAGUACUCUUCCAGUAGAAAAUGACUCAUCUGACAGUUCAAGGAAUUUAUCUGUUGCUGUUCUUCCUUUUAUCCUACACUUGGGAUUCAUGGCAGCUACAGCAUUUUUCGUCAUGCACGUGCAGGUCGCAACUCGUUUCUUAUCAGCCAGUCCACCUCUCUAUUGGUUUGCUGCCCAUUUAAUGGCAUCUCCCAUAAACAGGAAGAGAUGGGGAUACUUGAUAUGGGCAUACUCUGCGGCUUACAUCCUUCUUGGCAGUUUGCUCUUCUCAAACUUUUACCCUUUCACUUGAGAAACUGAGUACCGCGUCAUACUGCCGUUGGCAUUGAUCACUAACAUCUUGGUACCUUGAGCUGCUGCGGACCGUGGACGUCAAAACUAGCAUGUUAUGUGUCAAAUGUUGGUGAAAAGCUCGCAUGGAUGCGGAUUUGUGUGCUAGUUGGAGCUACAGAUGAGAAGCACGAUCUGCCAGCCUACCGCUGUGCUUUUUAGAAAACAACAGUUUCAUUCUUCUUAUAACUGUCUCACUGUAUUCCGACAUUUUUCACAAUUUUGCACAUUAACAUCUUGCAGAAAUGCAGGUUGGAUUUUGAUUGUGUAUUUUCAGAUGUGGCUGUGGAGGCUCCUUUUAGUUGUAUAUGAUAAUGGUCAUCCCUCA